AUACAAUAUAAAAUAUCAUAAAGUAAAAAAAAAAAAACAGUUUCACUUUCUUUUCUCUCACCAUUCUCAUUGAAAAUUUUUGGGGUUUGUUGAAAUGUCAGUUUGAAUGGAUUUGGUUGGCAUUUUUCUUAUAAUGGUACACUUGAGAACACUUCCUCUCUCCCACUCUUUUUCUCUUUGUCUCUCUCAUAGUUUGCUAAGCUUUCCCUCACUUUGUGGGGAGAGACACACCACUGGUUUCAGGUGUAUUAGCAUGCACUUGAUGAUGGAUGACCAAGGCGGUAACAAUGCUGUAACUAGGGAAUACAGGAAAGGGAACUGGACUUUUAACGAAACAAUGGUGUUGAUUGAGGCAAAAGAGAUGGAUUAUGAGAGAAGGAUGAAGAGAAGUGGGGAUCACAGUGAAGGGAGGAACAAACCGGCAGAGUUGAGAUGGAAAUGGGUGGAAGAUUAUUGUUGGGGAAAAGGGUGUUUGAGGAGCCAAAACCAGUGCAAUGACAAGUGGGAUAAUCUCAUGAGGGACUACAAGAAAGUAAGAGAGUACCAAAGGAAAGUAGCUGAGAGAGAAGGGAAUGAUAGUAAGGAAAGAUCAUAUUGGGAGAUGGAGAAGAAUGAAAGAAAAGAAAAGAACUUGCCUAGUAACAUGUUAUGCCAGAUAUAUGACCGUUUGGAGGAGGUGGUGGAGAAGAAAGGAGCUCAAACGGUGGCCGCUACGGCUGGUGGUGGUGGAGGCUCAGAUCCCAAUAUUCCCAACAUAUCGUAUGUUAUGGAUAGACCAAUGGUUAGUACUUUUCAACCUUCAUUACCUCCUCUUUUACAACAUCAACUUUCAGCUCCUAUAUCUGCUGCAAUUCCAUUACCUCUACCACAAGGAUCACCACAGCUGCCGCCGCCACCAGCACCAAUAAUACAACCACCACCUCUUUCAUUUGCUCAGCCACUGCCCACCAUAGAUUCUGAUACAAGUGAGCAUUCAGACUCACCAGCAAAGAGAAGGAGAAGAGGUGGUGGCAAUGGUGAAGGCACCAGUGGGACUCCUAACAACACAAAUGAAGUAAGCACUGCAAUCUCCAGAAGUGCUUCCAUUAUAGCAGAAGCCAUCCAAGCUAGUGAAGAAAGAGAAGAGAGGCGACAUAGAGAUCUCUUAAGCUUCCAUGAAAGAAGACUAAAGAUUGAAGAAUCUAAGACUGAGAUCAAUAAAAAAGGAAUGGAUGGCCUGGUUGAUGCGAUUAACAAGCUUGCUAAUUCCAUCUUUGCUUUAGCUUCCCACAAGAACCAGUCAUCAGCUCCCAAGUGAUUCUCUUUUAAUAUUAAUUAAUCACAUUGGUAGUUGUAUAUAGUAAUUGGGUAAUCCUCUAUGUUUCAUGUUUGUACUCUACUCACUUCCAUUGAUCAUUCUAAUGUUUAAUCUUUUAUCUCUAGUGUUUAAACUCAUAUUUUGUGUUUAAACACAAACUAAGGCUUGGUUGUAAUGCUUUCAAAAGUGAAGUAUAAGCAAAUUGUUGUGUA